UUUAUUCGUUUUUAUCUUAUGCACUUUGUGCUCUUUUAUCUUGCUGUUAUAUAUGUAAAGCACUUUGAAUUGCCUUUGUGUAUGAAAUGUGCUAUAUAAAUAAACUUGCCUUGCCUUUGGAUUUUGAACUUUAAGACAAUUUUGUUAGGACAUGUAUGAAAAAGACAGAUUUAUAGAAGUGUAAUUGCACGCUUCCGUUGCACACACACACACACACACACACACGUACACACACACUUGAGUGACGUCAUUGUAUGCGUGCAGGUUAUGUGAGGCAGCACAGCGUAACUGUACGUUAGAGGAGUGGUGUGUGCCUCUAAAAUGAUAGUGUUUUGUUAAACGACCCUAACCGUGUGUGUGAGAAUCUUUGGUGUAGCUGUAAAACAUCUCAUAAUGGAUACUAACACCGAGGGGCAAGCAAUGUUCGCCCCACCCGCUGCUGAGACCCAGGGCCCCAGCGCUCCUCCGGCCAGUAUGUUUGACAACAUGCCUGGCUAUGAAGGAACAGUGCCAGGAGGAGGUGGAUUUCUGCCCCCUCCGAUGCCUUCUUUCCCAGUUCCCCAGCCUGAACGUGGACCUGAACAACCACACUGGAAUAUCCCAUCUAUAACUGAAGAUACGGCCCGGGAGGCGUUUGUCCUCUUUGCCUCCAGCAAGUGCUGCUACAGUGGAGGACCAGCAAAGGAUGGUGUGAUCACCCACAUGGAUGCAUUCAAUACGUACAGGUACCGCCUGGAAACCUUUACGGAAUUAAGAUCUACAGAGUGGAGUCACGAGCCGUACCACGGCCAGCCAGUGGAUGCCUUUGCCCAACCACCUCCAGGUCCUUGGGACAUUGCUGCGAAAGCCCCCAAUUUUUUUGUGGAUGACAAACAGAUUAUAAAGGUUCCCUACACAUCGUCCAUGAAGGCCUGCCACGCUUGCGUGGGAAUGGGACGGAAACCUUGCAAAGACUGUGCCGGUGCUGGUAAUAAAGUUUGUUGGGUGUGCAAUGGCUCUGGUUACCGCCACGGAGAGGAUCGAUGCCACCACUGCAGUGGCAGAGGGAGGGAAAAUUGCAGCCACUGUCAAGGGCAAGGCGCGAAGCAAUGUGACACAUGUAGAGGGAAACAGCAGCUUCUGGUCUACAUCAACCUCACUAUUAAAUGGACCAACAACACUGAUAACUAUGUUGUGGAACAGUCAAGUGGACUGCAGUUGGACAACCUCAGCAAGGUGUCUGGCAAGGAGCUCUUCAAGGACUCUCAGUACCUGGUAUACCCAGUGAUGAGCUUCCCAGACCCCACAGUGGUGAAUGCUUCACAACGCUUUGUCAAUGAACACCAGGGCAAGUACUCAAGGACGUCACGCAUUCUCCAACAGCGUCAAACCAUAGAGCUGAUCCCCGUCACCAAGGUGACCUACACGUGGAAAGGGAAAUCACACAUUUACUUUGUUUACGGGAAUGAGUUCAAAGUUAAUGCCGAUGACUAUCCUGCUACCUGUUGCUGUACUGUAAUGUAAUCGCAACGGUUGUGUAUGAAGGUUAAACCUUUCCAGAUCAUAGGAUAUCUGAAUAAGUCAGUUUUACUGAUUAAUGGGGUGUUCCCUGACAUGUGGACAGUCCAUGUUCAAUGGAGUUAAAAAACAUUUAACCUAUGAGCUCCCCACAAAUUUGUAGAACUGAAGAAGCCUCUUAAUUAAGUGAUCUUCAAGGCUACACAUAAGUUACUUUUGAUUUACUACUACAAGAUAACUAAUAUUUUGAAAAUCAUUUUUAUUGUUACGUGCCAUUUGUAUGCAUGCACCACAUAAAUGAAUUGCUUACUAACACAAUAUAAACCGUAAUACCCAGAGUCAUACAUACUAACUAUAUUCCCUGAAUGUUGAAUAAUUUUACUCUUAUAUGGCAUCAAUGAUUUUUUUAUCAUCAGUAAAAUCAACGAUUUGUUAUUAUGUUUUUGCAGCAGUGCUAUUUUUUUUAUGUAAGUGAUAUGUAUUUGAACCUAAUCAGUUUGCUCUAAUAGCAAAACUAAUGUUUUUUUAAUGUUAAUGCAACAGACUGUUAAAUGUGUAUGAUUUUGUAAGACAAAAACGUGUAAUGCUUUUAUUUGCAAUGAUUCACCACUUUUAAUAAAUACAAUAAAUGGUA